GCCUGUGCACCAGCAACAAUUUCGACGAAGAAGAAGAAGAAAAGGAAGUGAAAGAGUAAGGAAGUAGACAGUAUAGCUGCUGGUAUCUGCUGUCCAUAACGCUCGUUUUGAUCGUGUCCAAAAUGUCUAAAAGUACAAUUACUGACCGGUUCAGAAAAGUAGACGUUGAUGAAUAUGACGAGAAUAAGUUUGUGGACGAAGAAGACGGAGCAGAGAACCAGGGCGGUCCGGACGAAGCGGAAGUGGACGCUCUGCUCAGACAGGGGAACCUGAAUGCAGCUCUCUGUGCUGUGCUGCAGAAUCCUCCAAUCAACACCAAGAACCAGGUCGCUAAGGAGCGAGCAGAGCUGCUGGUGGUCAGAGUGCUGAGCACGUUUAAGAGCGGGGACAUAGAGAAGGCUGUGGGCUCUCUGGACAAACCUGCAUUGGACCUUCUGAUGAAAUACAUCUACCGAGGCUUUGAGAGCCCUUCUGACAACAGCAGCGCUGUGCUGCUGUUGUGGCACGAAAAGGCUCUGGCAGUGGGAGGCGUAGGCUGUAUAGUUCGGGUCCUGACUGCCAGGAAGACGGUGUGACCCUCCCAGCACCCCAGGGUCCCUCUGUUCACCCACAUCACACAGCAAUCUGGACAAUCAAGGAUCACCAGAGCUGAGUACAGCUUUCUGCUUUAGGACAUGACUCCUCUUUCUUUUUUUAUCUGCAUUCACUCUUUCAAUAAUCACACCUCUGGAGUUUAGAAGUGCUGGCAGUCCGACGGGGAGGUGCUGGCAGUCCGACGGGGAGGUGCUGGCACCUCAAACUGUCUGUGUGCCACGCAGAGACAGACGCAGCUCCACGCGCCUCCUCUGAAGCCUCUGAGUCAUCCCGGUUGAGGAAAUGGAAACCAUUGUUCCUGGAUGGUCUGUCAUACGCUGCUGACUGGCCAUGGGGUUUCCUUGCCUUUUACCCAGUCCAUGCUGGGAUUGGACUUAUUCUUUUUCGCUUCUCAUUCUAACUUUGUGAACAUCUUUGUUUAUUGACUAUUUUUUUCUACUUCCACCACAUUGUCGCGUAGCCUGGCUUUCAGGUUAUACUGCUUAUAUCGUUUUUAUACCUUCAAUAAGCAGCAAAAUAAAGUAAUACACCUGCA